UAUAGUAAAGAAGAGAAAAUCGAAUCUGAUCAAACGAUGCCCUCUUAAUCGGUGAAAAUAAUGACGAAAGAGGACAAAUCCUUUCAUUUGCAUACAAUCAAAACACCAUCGGAGUACGGAUGAUCUUGAUUUCAGAUGAAAUGAGCUGCCCGCUUUGUUCUCUAUCUGGUGUCUCCUACGACGAGAUGAGCUUCCACAUCAGUACUGCGCAUCCAGAGAACCGGGGCAGAGCACAGGAGCUACACUGUGUUAGUACUUCCUCCUCUACACCCAGUUCAUGUUCUUCUGCUGGAACAAGCAGUGCAUGUAUCAGAGAUUUGUCAGCUAGUUCAAAACGCGAAACAGCUUCUCAUUCAUCAGCGGAGAAUUGUGGUCCCACAAAAACAAACAUGUCCCUCAGAAGGUCCCCUCCCACCCCAUUGAUGGUGGAGCUUAAGCAAAGACGUGAUGUGAUCCCGCCAUCUGUCCGAACCACACCAGUUAGUGGAGAUUCACCAUCAGGGACGAUGGCGUCUGUCACUGUGGUUAACUCUUUAGCUUUGACUGAAAGAUGUCACAGAACAGCUAAAAAGUUGGUUGGACGUAGUAUUGAUGACGACGAUGAUGAUAAAGACAAAGGUGCAUUCACAUCAGAGCCCCACAAAGUCAAACAGAAGCGGCUGUCCUCUUCAGGAGCAGAAAACCAGUUUCCGUGCCCUAUGUGUGAAGUGGUCUGCAGUAAUUCUUUCAUCCUACAGCAGCACGUUGAGCUCCACAUGCAAGAACAGAACACAGCUGAAGGAGCUAAGAGUUACGAGUGCCCCAUGUGCUCUGUCGUCUUUACGGACAGCUUCUUGCUGCAGGAGCAUGUGGAACUGCACUUGGACUAUGGUGCAGCUACAAGCUGUGCAGGGAGCUCUGACUCAGACCUGAGGCUGGCAAAAGAGCUUCAGCAGAAAGAGGAAUGGAGGAGGAGGGAGCAGGAGGCCAAACAGGAAGCAGUGGAGUUCAAGAAGCUGCAGAGGCAGUUUGGUUUAGAUGGCAGUGGAGGCUAUCGCCGGCAAGUUGAGAGAAGCAUGGACAAGGCUGUAUCUAGAGGUCUCAUGACCCCCGCAGAAUUUCACAGCAAGAUGGCUGACAUGAUGGAGUCCCUGGCCUCAGGGAGCGAUGAUGGCAAAACCAGAACACAGGGUAUGCUGGAAGCCUUAUCUGAGUACUACCAGAAGCAAACAAGGGACUGUGUCCAUGUGUGGCUGAGUUCAGAGACAGACCACUACUGCUCUUCAGAGGGGGACAAAGGCUGGGGGUGCGGCUACCGAAAUUUCCAGAUGCUUCUGUCCUCCAUUCACCAAAUAGACACCUUUUCUCAGUGUCUGAAAGAGAGGGUGAUUCCCAGUAUCCCAAAGGUACAGUGCAUGAUCGAGGAGGCAUGGAAGGAAGGGCUGGAUCCACAAGGUGCAUGCCACUUCAACCAGAGACUACAGGGAACACGAGCCUGGAUCGGAGCCACAGAGAUCUACGCUCUCCUUAUCUCUCUGGGAAUAAGAGCCCGCAUCAUUGACUUUCACCAGCCCACUGGUCCAGGAGAUACUCAUCCCAGGCUUUUUGAGUGGGUCAAACAGUAUUUUUCUCAGUCUUUAGGAAGCCAUAGAUUACCAUCCCGGGUGAUUCGAACCCCUCAGCCCCCACUCUACCUGCAGCACAAAGGUCACAGCCGUUCCAUUGUGGGUGUUGAGCAGAAGAAGAAUGGCAGCUUGUGUCUCCUGCUCCUUGACCCUAGUUGUUCAUCUGGAGAUGCCAGGAAACUGUUUCACCAAGACGGCAUUAAAGUAGCCCUCCGCCACAUGAGAUAUUUCCCCAGUAAUCUGAAGCACAAACAAUACCAAGUGGUGGCAAUAGAUGGCAUCCUGUCUCCUGAAGAAAAGCAGAUUUGUGCCCUUAACUCAAGAACAUUAAGAGCUGAAAGAGUUCCAUGAAAGUAGAAUGCUGAUGUUUAUCUGAUCAUCUUCACUGUAUGUGUACAGUUUCUAUUUGAGUUGUUUUAAUUGUUCAAUAAAUUAUGCAUUUUUAGGUUUCCAAA